AUGUCGUUUAUUGUAACCAAGUCAAAAUCAUGCUGGGCUCUGCUUGCAAAGUUCAACUUAUUGUGUAGGCUGUUGUCUUCAAGCUGUUUCUGUAGAUGCAGCCAAGCACUGAAGUUGCAGCAUGCAGCGCCGGGUGUUAAUAUUUUUGCUCACCAGCUGCGCUUAUUGUACAUACUCUCGGGGUGUUCAUGUUUCCCAAGUCUGAUGAGCCGUGCAGAGUCACAAACUUUGCGGAGCAGGCCAACCCGGAAAAUCAAUGGAAAGAAGCUGUGUUGUCAAGCUUUCGGUUCACGCUCUGACUCUGACGAAAGCGCUUCAGAGUUGUGUAUAAUGUUGAAUGAUCAAUGUGUGUAG